AUGCUGAAGGAAGAGCACGAGGUGGCUGUGCUGGGGAUGCCCCACAACCCUGCUCCCCCAACAUCCAUCGCGAUCCACAUCCACAGCGAGACCUCAGUGCCCAACCAUGUCAUCUGGUCCCUUUUCAACACCCUGUUCGUGAACUCCUGCUGCCUGGGCUUCAUAGCAUUCACCUACUCUGUAAACUCUAGGGACAGGAAGAUGGUUGGCGACCUGACCAGGGCCCAGGCCUAUGCCCCCACCACCAAGUGCCUGAACAUCAGGGCCCUGUUUUGGGCAUCAUCAUGA